UCCCGGGUUCCAUCCUCGCCGCUUUCCUGCUGCUCCCCCUCCGUCGGUUCCCGCCUCGUCCGUUCGUUCCGGUGCCGGGGUCGGUUCGGAGCCGCCAUGGUUCGGGUGGAUUUCUACGCGCUGUGGUCGGUGCUGGAGGCUCCUCGGCAGCUCAUCAGUAAGGGUGGUCGGAUGAGUUUCCAGCUGCCGUUGCCGCUCCCUCUGCCGCCACAUCUGCUGCUCUUUAGUUUGGGGGACUGGGGUUCGUAUUCCUCGGAUUCGUGUGUUUCUGCUCAGCUGGUCGCGGGUUCGGUGCAGCCUCAGCACAUAGGGACUCUGUCUGCUGACUGCAGGUCACUGGUCUGGGACGGUGAGUGGAGUCUGGACAUCGUAAUGGAGUGCCUCAAAUUAGCAGCACAAGGAAUGCCCGCCAGACUGUGCCUGACCGUGUCCGGGAAGGUGAUUAAAGGCUCCGGCUUCAGCAGCAGCACCCCUGCCAGGAGGAGGCUCAGCGCAGGACCCCCCAGUAGCCCUCUCUUAUCGGAGAGCACAAUUGCCCAGGUGAGACUGCUGGGGGUCACAGUGGAGGAGAAGGGUGGCAGUGCGGAGGACGCCCAGCUGGCUGCUUGUGCCAACCUGAAAGAUUCUCCCCCGCUGAAGAAAGCAGCUCUAAAAGUGCCCCUCAUCAACAAGGAUGGGUCAGGCGGGCAGGAACCGGGCAGGAGGGCAAAUGCUGUGUCUAGGAAUCCCAGAAGACUCAGUUUUGGCAGCAGAGGAUCUGAGGAUGUGACUGCGGGCGCAGUUUGUCCUUCGGCUCGUUGGGGCCACAGCACCUGCCUCUGUGAUCCCGAAACAGCCAUUCUGAUUGGUGGGGAAGGAGCCAAUGAAAAGUCAAGUCCGGACUCGCUGUGGAAGCUGGAACUAGACAGUGACUUCUGGUUCCAGAUGGACAGCUUGUGCACUGGCUCUGCUCCCCGGUGCUCCAGGGGCCACACUGCAACUUUUGACCCUGAGACCAAGAAAGUGUUUGUGUAUGGAGGGCAGUGGGAGCGGCGCUGGCUGAGUAACGUCUAUGUGCUGGACACCCUGGACUGGAAGUGGACCCUGCUCACCGCCGUGGGGAAGGUGCCCACCUUGUCCUAUCACACAGCCGUCAUGUACCAGCGGGAGCUCUAUGUGUUCGGGGGUCUGUGCCCUCAGGUGGCAGCAGAUUCUGGAGUUGGCACCAACGCCCUUUAUAUCUUCAACUCCGAGUACAAGAUCUGGUAUCAGCCCAUUGUGGAGGGGGAGAGGCCGCUGCCAAGAUACGGUCACAGUGCCACCCUCCUCGGUAAUCGGCUUGUUCUGUUUGGAGGCCGGCAUUCUCCGUCUUCAGUUUAUCUCAAUGACGUUCACAUCCUGGACUUGGGUUACAUGGAGUACAGAGCGGUGUCCUGUCCGUCCGUGUCUGAGAGGCCCUCCCCCCGCUGGUGAGACUGCGCCCCCUCCUGUCCGCUCACAGCCCCUUGCACACUGAUGCCCCUCCCUCACUCAUUAUAAUCGCUGUAUAAUGUGUCUUCUGGAAGCUUCCAUGCGGCCAUGCAGGUGACGGAGCACAAAGUCCUCAUCCACGGAGGGUGUUCUGCGAGCGGCUCCUUGACAGACGCCUUCAUCUUUAAUCUGGGUAAGAGCCAGGAGCAUGAUGGGAGUUACAGUAUAUCAUGGAGGAUGCUGGG